AUGGGAAAGGCCAAGAAGCAGGUCCUCGACGACGACGACGCCGUCUUCGCGCAGCGCGCCGUCGAACUCAAGGACGAGGCGCAGAAGCUCAAGGACGCGCGCAACUUCGCCAAGGCUGCCUCGGCGUACCAGCAGUGCAUCGAGCUCGUCGGCGCGUCCAACCCGGGCGCGGCGGAUCUCUUCGCCGCGAAAUCCCAGUGCCACCUCGCGCUCCGACACUGGGCCGACGUCGUCGCCGACGCCACCCGCGCGCUCAAGAUCGCCCCGAAGAACGUCGACGCCCUCGUCUCGCGCGCCCGGGCGUACCAGGCCACGGGGCAGGAGAAGAAGGCCAAGGCUGACGCUCAAUCAGCCGCCGCGUCAGAUGGCGCAAACGCAGACGCCAAGGCUCUGCUGGAAUCCUUCGAGCCCAAGAAGCCCGUCGCCGGCCUCGGGGGCAUGUCCCUCGACAAGCCGUCCAAGCCGGCCGCCAAGAGCAAGGCGGAUCAACAAGCCGAGCAGGAGGAGGAGCUCCGCAAGAAGCAGGCGGCGCUCAUCCUCAAGCAGAGGCAGGAGGCGGAGGCUCGGAGGCAGGCGCAGCAGCGGUCGUGGGGGCCCCCGGUGACGGUGAAAGCCGUCGCGGGCGCCGAUGUUCGCACGUUCGUCGUGCCGACGAUGAUUGCGCACAAGGACCUGAUGAGCGCGCUGCAGAAGAAGUUCCCGGACGUCUCCGCGUUCACCGUCAGGUACUCGGCACCCGACGGCACCCUCAAGCCCGUCUCCAGCAGGCACGACUUCGCCACAGCCGUCGCCGCCGCGCAAGGCGGUGACAACAAGGGCAAGCCCGCGGCUAACCUCUACGGAGGCUUACACCCGGUGAGGCUCAUCAUCUCCGAGCUCACCCGGCUGGACGCGCCCGCGUGCGACGACGAGGGUGCCGAGCAGGGUGCCGAGGGAAGCACCAGCGGCCAGCAGCUCGCGCCCAACGAGGUUGUCGAGAUCGACGAGUGGAUCCUCGACUUCGCCGCGCUCUUCCGAGAGCACCUCGGCAUCGACGCCGAGGCGCACCUCGAUCUUCACGCCGAGGGUCUGGACAAGUGCAACCACGCGCUCGAGCCGCAGGUGUCUGCCGAAGACGCCGACGCCGUCCUCGACGACGCCGCGCAGAAAUUCCAGGAGGCGGCCGCGCUCGCCCUCUUCAACUGGGGCAACGUGCACAUGUGCGCCGCGCGCAAGGCUAUGGACGGCGGCCGCGAUCCCCCCCUCGAGGAGGGCGGUCCCCCCGGCGCCGCCGUCGCCACCGCCGAUAACCGCGACGAGGUCAUCGAUCGUCUCGACCAGGCCAAGUCUCGGUACGAGGCGGCGUUGGGCGUCAAGCCCGAUUUCCACGACGCCACCAUCGCGCUCGCGCAGAGGCGCUACGAGCGCGCGCGUUUGCUGACCGCCGCGGCUGGCCUCAGCGGCGCGGGCGAGUCGCCGGCCGAGGGCAACGCGGAUAGCGACGAGGCCGAGGCUGAAUUCUCCGGAGCGUGCGCCGACUUCGACGCCGUGCUCGCCAUUCUUCCGGAAGAUCCCCCCAAGCCCGAGAAGGAGCCCGAGAAGAAGGAGGAGAAGAAGGAGGGCGAGGAGGAGGAGGCGGAGCAGCCGAGCAUGCGAGCGCAGGUUCAGGUCAUGUGGGGAAACACCCUGUUCGAGCAGUCGCAGAUGCGCGCCAGGCUCGGGAAGGAGUGGCGGCCCCUCCUCGACGUCGCCGUCGAAAAGUUUAAAGGGGCGGGGUGCGCAGAGGCGGACAUCGAGCAGGCGCUCAAGGUUCACCGCGGCGUGCGCGCCGAGAAGGAAGCGUGA